AUGGCCUCCAUCGAUACACCCUCUGACCGCGAACGCCCGCGCACCGAGCUCGAUGCCGAGCUGCUCAUAAAUCACCCAGCGCUUUACUUCGAUGACGGAGACGUCAUCUUACAGUGCGGCAAGACCCUCUUCCGCGUCCACCGCGGCAUCCUCCUCAAGCACUCCACCUUAUUCCAGGAGAUGCUCGCCCCCGCGCGUGACACCCUGCGCGAUUGUACGUUGCUCAAGGUCGUCGACGACAAGGACGAUAUGGAGGCUUUUUUGAACACAAUACACGAUGGUUUCACUAUCGAUGCUUCCCACAUCACCAUCGAGAAACUUCCGACACUCUCCGGUAUCCUCCGCCUCGCGUACAAAUAUCGCCCGCACACCGAGGAUCUGAUCGUGCACCCCGCCGCAGUGAUUGCGCUCCUCCGCUCCAUCAACUACGCCGACAACGCCCUGCUCUCCGCGCUUUUCUACGACCUCAACCGCCGCACGCAGCAGCUCGGCGGUGCCUACGGGCAUCAUCUCGCCUCGCUCUCGGAGGCCGACAUCGGGCGCCUCAUGUCCUGCCACGCGCUCGUCUCGGGGUUUUGGCACUCGCCCGCGGGACAGCGGUGCCUGCUGAACAUGCAGGACCUGAUAUCGCAGCCCGUGGAGAAUUGGGAGCUCGUGAAGGGGCAGGUGCAGGGCACGCUCGCGCUGCCAGGUCUCAGUCUGACCGGCCUGUGUUCCACAUGUCGCGCGGAGAUGGUCAAAUAUGUGGGGCAACAGCAGGCGACAUUGUGGGGAUCGCUGAGCCGACACUUUGACCUCGCCGAACAUUGA